GCAAGUUUCAUUAAACUGUUUUUGGAGCCAAACUCUAGGCGGGAAAAAAUAUGUUGCCCAAAGUUUUUUCAUUUCAUAUUAUCAUUUUUUUUUAAUACAAAAAGCUCAUUAAAGUAAAGCAGCAAAUUUGGAAUCUGAAAAAUCUUGAGUUAUUAUCAUCAUCGCCGUUGAGUCCAAAAAGAAGAAAGAAGAAAAAGGUUAGGAUUUGGUGCUUCUCGGUGGCAAUGGCUGAUUCAGUGCUGGUAAUAGACGGUGAUGAUGAUCCGAAAGUCCCCAAAAUAGACGGUCUAGAUCAACCCAAGAAGACCCAGAAGCGAAAGAGAACGUCAUGGGUUUCGGAGACUUUGAACGGUGAACAAAGAGAGACCCAGAUCAAGGGAUUGAAUCAAGAAAUGGAGGGGCUUUUUGGGUAUUACAAAGAAGUGAUGGAGCAAAAAUCGGGUUUUGGAAUGUGGUCCGACAUGGGGUUAGUUGAACCGGGUUGUUCCUUGAAUUCAGUUGUUGCGGUUCUCAUGGAGGAGAGCGAUUUGCCGCUGUCUAGAUUAGUGGAGGCAAUUCAUGAAAAGAUCAAGGACAAAUUGGGAAAUGUGAGUUUGGCUGCGGUGAAAAGCGCGGUGCUAUUUGUAGGGCAGAGAUUGAAAUACGGAUUGGGUAAUGAAGAUGCUGAUGUUUUGGAGGAUGAUUCUCAUUCUUCUCUUUGGUGUUGGGAGACGAGAGAUGCAAAAUUGAUGCCAAAAUCUGUGCGUGCCACAUUAAAAAUUCGGCGUUGUUGUAGGAAGAAGAUUAAUGAGAGGAUUACUGCUGUUUCCGCAAUGAUAACUAUGUUACAAAAGUCAGAGAAUGGUCAGAACUACAAGCAUGAUUUCAUGAAAGCAUCAGAAAAGCUUGUCAAAGUAUUAAGUGAGGCAGACAUUCGCUUGUUAAUGAGUAGCAUGUUACAGAAGAGUGGUGCUGAGAUGGCUGAGAAAGAAGCAAAGCGAGAAGAAAAAUUGUUAAUAAAGCAAUUGGAGAGAAAUAAAAGAGAAAUUGAGAAGGAGAAGAAGAAAGUGGACCGUGAACUUCAGAAGGAAAAGUUGCAAAAUGAAAAGGAGAGAAAAAGGUUGCAGGAGGAAGCAGAAAAGGAUGAAAGGCGACGCGAAAGAGAGGAGGCUGAGAUGAGGAAGCAGCUGCGAAAACAGCAAGAGGAAGCUGAGAGAGAUCAACGGCGGCGUGAGAGGGAACAGGCAGAAUUGAAAAAGAAACUUUCGAUACAAAAGCAAGCUUCAGUUAUGGAACGCUUUCUCAAAAAAUGUAAAACAUCAUCAUGCCAGAUUGAGGAAUUGACUAAGCCAACCACAUUUAGUACAUCCACCCCAAAGACUGAAAAGGUGCCUGAAGCAAUUAUUCUUUCCAUGGACAGCACUCUUUUAUCCAGAGAAGAAACUAAUACCGAUGAUCUCCGCAGGUUGCACUUAUCUUCUUGGCGUCAUUUAGGUCAUUCUCUUCGAUCAAAUCAAAAACAGUGGUGGGGAAUGCGUACGAAACCUAAGACCAAACUGUUUAAGGAACUUAAGUUAACUGCUAAUAAAGGGUUAUCCCAUGAUGAAUUGAUUGCUGAAAGGCUUGUAGAUGGAUGGGGAGAACAGAUUUCUUAUGACAGAUCAUACCUUAAUGAUGCUGACAUUUCUGUUCCUGAUGUUAAGAAGUGCUCUGUGAGGAAGCAGUUGCUGCAGUUUGAUAAGAGCUACAGACCUGCAUUUUAUGGUAUUUGGCCUAAGAAAAGCAAUGUUGUGAGACCUCGCUGCCCAUGGAGGAAGGACCCAGAUUUAGAUUACGAUGUUGAUAGUGAUGAAGAAUGGGAGGAGGAGGAGCCUGGUGAAAGCCUCUCAGAUUGUGAUAAAGAUGAAGAGGAAAGUUCUGAAGGAUGCUCUAGAGCUGAUGAUGAUGAUGAUGAAAUUGAGGAUGAAUUUUUUGUACCAGAUGGAUAUCUCUCAGAAAAUGAGGGGGUACAAGUAGACAGAAUGGAAACUGAUGUUCCAGUUGAGGAGACCCAAUGUUCCCAUAUUAGUGAGAAAGAGAAGAAUGAGGAGUUUGGUGCAUUGCUUUGGCAACAGAAAUAUCUAAACAAUUUAACUGAGCAUGCACUUAGAAAAAAUCAACCAUUAAUUAUUUUAAAUUUAUUGCACGAGAAGGCCUCGCUGCUAAUGGCUGAAGAUCUAAAUGGAACCCCUAAAUUAGAGCAAACAUGCUUGCAAGCACUGAGCAUGCGGGUAUGUCCUGGUGGGCCACCUGUUGAGUUAUCAAUAGAUAUCAUGGUACAUGAAAAUCAAGAAGCUUGUUUGUCAAGCGGAAAGGCUGGUGCAACACCAUUCUUAUCUGUGGCACCAAUUCCAGACUCAGAUUUGCCUCUAUUUGUAUCUACAAUUCAGUCAUGCUCCUCCUAUGGCAUGAAUAGGUUGGUAGAGUCUUUGCAACAAAAGUUUCCUUCAAUUCCAAAGUCUCAGUUAAGAAGCAAAGUGCGUGAGAUAUCAGAAUUCUCCGAUAAUCGGUGGCAGGUCAAGAAAGAAAUCUUACUGAAGCUUGGCAUUUCAAUUUCACCAGAGAAGGGUGGUACACGAACCAAAAGUAUUGCUGCAUUUUUCUCGAAAAGGUGCUUGUCUCCUGACAUGAAUAUCAGCCUUGUUGAAACCUCUCCUCAGCAAUUACUGAAACCAGGUUCUGCUGCCCAGGAGCAACAGGGUUGUACAUACAACCAUACAUAGCAUUGUCAUUUUUGGAGAUGAUUUCCUUCACUCGACUCUUUUUACUCAACUUAUGGUAUGAAUUGUAAGUUAUGUGGGUUGUUGAACUUUGGUUGAUCUGGUGUAUGGAGUUUUUGAUGCUGCAUCUGAUAUCAUCUGAUAUGUUGGUCGUUAACUUUGCAAUUCGAGUAAGGUUUUUCGUGUUUGGUCAGGGAUUAUAAUUUUAAUUUGAAAAUUUAAACGAAAUACAUCUGAAAUGUCUCCCGGAAGUUAGAAGCGUCCAUCUAUCAAAUGGCAUUCGUAAUUCAUGGAACAGCUUUUAUCUGCUUACUGGAGGGAUCCAUGACCAAAACUACUACCAAACAAAUUAAGUUGCGUUGAUUUCGCCAUAAAACAAGCAUGUCUUGUAGUGUAAACGCUUUCCCUUGCAUGAUGAAGUCCAUGGAUGAAGGCUAACACUAUCAUUUGGGAGCUCCAUUUUCGGGUUUUUACCGAACUGGAAGGUGCGAUUUGUAGUUG